AUACCAUAGUGAAUUCCUUUUCUACUUUUCGGUAGUGCAUUGUUUUUAUUUGACUGACAUUAUAACUUCUAACAGCUAUGACCUCAAGAGUUCUAAAGAGGAAAGGGAUAUUAUAAAGACUCAAAAAAGGAAGGAAUAUGAAAAACUCCGUAAACGAUGCAGGCGGUUAAUAAAACGUAGGAAUGAAAGCUCUAAAUGGAACGAAUUUGGGGACAUGAUUGAUGUUGGGGAAGAUGGCUUUCUUGUGCGAGACGUAGAUUCUCCUAGUUCUGAAGAUGUGGUUAGUGCUCGAGAGUCCCUUUCUAGUGAAGAAAGGUGCUCCAAUGUUGACUUUUUGAAUGAACCCUUCAACUCUUUGUUGGAAGGGGAGGGGAGUUCAAGACGGAUGACAGCCGAUGGUUCUUUGGUACUGAAUUCGGACUCCUCUGACUCAGAAUCCUCAGAUGACUUGGAUGUUAGUCAAGCUUUUCCCUCCACGGAUGGAAUGGAAGAACCUUUUCCCGAUCCGAUGCCUAAGGAAAAUUCUUCUCCAUCUAGGGCCGAGAUCUCAUCAUCAGAACUCCAUAGUGGUGAAGAUUUUGCAACAUGGCAGCGGAUUAUUCGACUUGAUGCACUUCGUUCUAACUCAGAAUGGGUACCAUAUUUGUCAUCUCAAGCAAUGGUUUCAGAUGGCAGAGCUCGGCGGUGUGCCGAGGCUGUUGGUUUAGUUGAUUAUGACCAUCUAGAACCUUGCAUGAUUUUCCAUGCUGCAAGACUAGUAGCAAUUCUUGAAGCAUAUGCUCUCUAUGACCCUGAAAUUGGUUAUUGUCAAGGCAUGAGCGACCUACUCUCUCCUAUUAUUACUGUGAUUCCAGAGGAUCAUGAAGCAUUCUGGUGUUUUGUUGGUUUCAUGCGCAAAGCUCGUCACAACUUUAGGCUCGAUGAGGUUGGGAUUAGAAGGCAAUUAAGUAUAGUCUCUAAGAUUAUUAAGUGCAAGGACCCGCACCUUUACAAGCACCUGGAGAAACUUCAAGCGGAGGAUUGCUUUUUCGUUUAUCGGAUGGUCGUGGUGCUAUUCAGAAGGGAAUUAACAUUUGAACAGACGCUAUGUCUGUGGGAAGUGAUAUGGGCUGAUCAAGCAGCCAUAAGGGCUGGAAUGGGGAAGUCUGCAUGGAGCAGGAUAAGGCAACGAGCUCCACCAACAGAUGAUUUAUUGCUUUAUGCCAUCGCUGCUUCUGUGCUGCAAAGAAGAAAACUGAUCAUAGAGAAGUAUAAUAGCAUGGAUGAAAUUCUGAGGGAAUGUAAUAGCAUGGCUGGACACCUCGACGUGUGGAAGCUUCUAGACGGUGCUCAUAAUUUGGUGGUAACCUUACACGACAAGAUAGAGACAUCCUUCCAGUAAGUGAAGGGUCUAUUUCCAUUUUCUUUUCCAUUCUAGUUUUUGCUAACUUGUGGGUGGCUGUUGAGCUCCUGAAAGUGUGGAACUUAGGCCAUUUCGUUAUGCUGUCUCGGAUGAGUGCAGCUUACAAUGAAAAGCUCAGAAGUUAGAAGAAUUGCUGUUUUGGUCAGUGCAGCAUGCUAUAAAACCUCGAAAGGUAUGAUGACAUGAUAGCAACAGGGGUUCAUUCAAACGAUGAAGAAACCAUGUUGGCUUUUGGGUCUGAAAUUUAUACAAGGUGGGUUGGUGGUGAGAAGAUGAUGAAUCAGUGAAUUUUGUGUGGGAUGAUUCAUAUAUUUAGAAUAGAGCCGAAUCAAAUGAUUCUUGUAAACACCCGUUUUCGUAUCAAAACUUCUUAUUGAGUCGCCAUUCCUCUGUUGUGGACAUGUUGCUUUGCUUUGUGGUAUAAGUUAUAUGAACUUCUGACCUAUUUGUCUCUUCAAUUCAUCAUUCAUAAAUGUAUCAUUUGGAUUGGACGGCUUCAAUGA